AUUGUGUCGAGUUGGCUCGAAUUUAUAAGCCCUAUAAAAGAAAGAGCGCUCUAACAUUAUCAGUUGGUGAGCUAUCGCACGCCCGACUCCCAUACAGAAAUAAACAUGAUAUUCCCCAUAUUAGCAGUUUUGGCUGUCGGAAACCUGUGUUCCGGGCAGCUUCUCAGCCUGGAUGCCCUUGUGGGGCUUAACAUUGGGGGUGGCGGCGGCGGCGGCGGCGGUGGUGGCAAAGGAGGAUGCGCCAGUGUGCAGUCCAUUGACAGAAGUCUCAGAGACGCCUACUGUGAUCAGCCGAUGUUCGUGACCUUUGCCCCCAAGACUGAGGAGGUCACACUCAUCGACAACAUCUGUUAUACCCUCUUCCCUCUGCCCGAUGACCCCAACACCUACCAGCUCUACAUCUCCAGAGUCUACUGUGACGGUUCUACUGACAUCAACUCCUACAUUGUUACUGACAUCGAAUUGGGAGUCUUCAGGGCUGCUUCACCCUACUGCACCUUCACCGACACCGUCUUCGGGUACGCCGGUUGCGACACCUACCUCAACUACAGAUGCUACUUGUACGGAGACUGCGAGCAGUACGACGAAGGAGUCGCUAAUGUGUUCGGGCUGUCGCCUCUGUGCCGACCCAUGGGUCUCUCCUGUCUGAGGAAGGUGGAGGAGAUUGUCCGUGACAACUGUCUGCCCGAGCAGGACUACUACGCUCUCCCGAUGAAACUCCCCAACAAGUGCGUCACCAGCCAGAUCUGCGUCAACUCUCCCCCUGCCGUAGAGUUCGGAAGAGCUGUUGGAGUCGAAGUCGCAAGACCUGGAUUCAGAGGAGGAUUCAUCUAAACUGCUGACUAAAUACAAUAGGAUAUAAUUUAGGUAUAAUAAAACUGUUUUUAAUAAUA